CACACCAGUUCUCGCAAUACAUUCACCUUCUGUCCGCUGGUAAGCUGCUUGUCUGCCUCUCAGAUCAUCAUGUCGAGCUCGGCGAACUCCCACAGACCCCGGAAAAAGCGAAAACAGGCCCCUGCUCUGAUCCGAAGCAACACCAUCACCGACAUUGUCAAAAUCGACCCCGAUGACACCAGCGCCAUCACUCCUGAGUUUCCCCUUGUGGCUUUCCUGUGGCCAGCUCGGGGAACCACAUCCCAAUGGAUCCUGCUGCCGCUGAUUCUGAUGAUUGUUGGUCUCUUCAGAUGGAGCGUUGGGCUUUGGGACCACUCGGGGUAUCGGACGCCUCCGAUGCAUGGCGACUUCGAGGCCCAGAGACAUUGGAUGGAGAUUACAAUCCAUUUGCCAAUGUCCAAGUGGUACUUCUACGAUCUUCAGUAUUGGGGCCUGGAUUAUCCUCCUUUGACAGCUUACCAUAGCUGGCUGUGCGGCACAGUGGGUUCGUGGUUCAAUCCACUCUGGUUCGAGCUCGACAAGUCUCGGGGUAUGGAGGAACCCGAUCUCAAGGUGUUCAUGCGCGCUACUGUCAUUAUCUCGGAAUACCUCAUCUAUGUCCCGGCGUUGAUCAUAUUCCUUCGUCACUUCAGCAGGGCUCAUGCCACUGGGACAACCUCAACGUCGAUCGCGCUUGUGGCGAUUCUCAUGCAACCAGCCAACAUGCUCAUCGAUCACGGUCACUUCCAAUACAAUACAGUCAUGCUCGGAUUGGUUGUUGCAGCUCUAUCAAGCAUAUAUGCCAGUCGGCUCUUAUGGUCCUGCAUUUUCUUUGUUGCUGCGCUUGGGUUCAAGCAGAUGGCACUGUACUAUUCGCCCGUCAUCUUCGCGUACCUGUUAGCCUCUUGCCUGACUCCAGAAAUUCGCCUUGGGCGACUCAUUUCGAUCUCACUCGUGACGGCCCUUGCGUUCGCUGGGCUACUGGCGCCACUACUUCUAGGAUCAAUUUACGACAUCUACCGAAAAAUGCCUUUUUCUGAGAUGCCAACACCACCGGUUCUUGCUGAGAGGAGUAUAACGCUUGACCCCAAUGUUCCCCUGGAAAUGAACGUUCUUCAACUCAGCCAGGCCAUCCACCGAAUCUUUCCAUUCGCUCGCGGCUUGUUCGAAGACAAAGUGGCCAAUUUCUGGUGCUUCACCAACACCUUCUACAAACUUCGCAAGCUGCAGGGAGUUGUCGAUCUGCCUCGUAUUUCGGCCAUCGCCACUCUUGGAUCUAUUCUAGGACCGAUGCUGAUUAUCGGCGCCGUACCUCAGAAGACGCUGCUCCCUUACGCGCUAGCCACAUCGGCUUGGGGAUUUUUCCUCUUCUCGUUUCAGGUCCAUGAAAAGUCGGUUUUGCUUCCACUUCUCCCGAUGACGCUGCUACUGGGGAGUAAACAAGGCCUCAGCAAAGAAUAUCGAGCCUGGAUCGGGUGGGCAAAUGCACUCGGCGUCUGGACGAUGUACCCGCUGUUGAAGAGAGACGGGCUCACAAUCCCAUACGUCGUGGUAUCCCUGCUGUGGUGCUACCUGCUAGGGCUUCCGCCGGCUAGUGUGAGCGCGUACUACGACCCCGAGCACGAGAACGUUACCGGCCGACCACAGGCUGCCGAUGAUUUGGCGACGCCGACCAAGAUUCUGCAUUUUCAAACAUACAUUGUCAUGGCAUUAUGGCAUCUGCUGGCAGCAUUUGCAUCUCCUCCUGAAGACAAGCCUGACUUAUGGGUGGUGGUGAACGCAUGCAUCGGUGCUGCUUGUUUUGGGAUCUGCUACCUGUGGUGUUUCUGGAAACUGGUUUUAGAGAGCCGUUUGCUCGAUAGGUUUUUUGAAGACCGGUCCGAGAUCGAAGAACUACAACAGCCUCCCAGAGAAUUAUCGGCUGUUCGGGAAAAGAAGAACAAAUAGUUUGUCUCUAUAGGCCGCCCUGUUCAGUAUACUCUCGAUGCUCCGCCUCAAAGAACGGGGCUGACUUGACAGUCUAGCAUCAUCGAAUGCCUAGUUGUACAA